AUGGCUGGCAUCAAGGCAUUUGUUGACAGCUGCAACGGGACACUGUCGAGCGUUCCAGAGAGAUACAUGAUGCCGAAUGGAGCUGCCGAUGUCUCCCGGUACGCGGUGCUGCCGAUAGUCGAUGUGGCGAGCGAGAGCUUCGAGAGGGAUCUCGUUGACGCUUGCACAAAGUACGGAAUGUUCUACCUCAAGAACCACGGAAUUCACACCGAGGAUGUGAUGAGGUGCGCUCUCGAGUUCUUCAACUCGCCCAGCGAGGACAAGAUGCGGUACUACACCGAGGAGAUCUUCACACCCGUCCGCUACUGCACCAGCAUGAUGCCUUCGAAAGAAGAGAAGCUCGAGUGGCACGACCACCUCCAGAUGUGGCUCAAGGAAGAGUCCCUCGGAGCGCACCCCUGGCCCGCGUUCCCAGCCAGCUACAAGUCAGUUUCUCGCUCCUUGAUUAUGGUAUUGCUCUAG